AAUUUAUCCAAAAGAACUCGAUCCAUGCUAUUUUACCGAUCCAAGUAAUUAGAUCUAAACCCGAAAAUUUGAUUUCCAAGUCAAGAAAAUGAGACCUAACAUUGUCGCUGAGGCGGGACUGCAAACGAGAGUGGGACAAUGGUGGGAAAGCAUUCCAUUCCUUACUUCUGCGGUUGUGGUUGUUUGUGGCGUUAUAUACUUGGUCUGCCUCCUGAUUGGAUAUGACACGUUUUACGAAAUAUGUUUCUUGCCAACUGCUGUUGUAUCCCAUUUUCAGGUUUACAGGAUUUAUACCUCAAUAUUUUUUCAUGGUUCACUCCUUCAUGUUCUGUUCAACAUGCUGGCUCUUGUACCUCUGGGUUCUGAACUGGAGAGAAUCAUGGGAUCUAUCCGCUUAGCAUACCUGAUAAUUUUGUUGGCCACUACCAAUGCAAUAUUUCAUCUUUUUAUUGCAUUGUUGGUGGCCCACAAUCCAUUUCACCCAUACCAGUAUCUUUUGGAUGAGUGUGCAAUAGGCUUCUCUGGAAUUUUAUUUUCUAUGAUCGUUAUAGAGACGAGCUUGAGUGGAGUGCAGUCUAGGAGUGUGUUUGGUCUCUUCAACGUUCCCGCUAAGUGGUAUGCAUUUAUCUUACUGGUAGCAUUCCAGCUUCUUAUGACGAAUGUGUCUUUACUUGGACACCUAUGCGGCAUUUUGUCCGGAUUUGCAUAUACCUAUGGGUUAUUCAACUUUCUUAUGCCAGGAGCGUCCUCCUUUUCUGCUAUUGAGGCCUCCUCUUGGCUUUCCUCCUGCGUGAGGAGACCUAAAUUUAUUUUGUGCACUGGCGGUAGUCCCACAAGCUACAUCCCGACACAUUCAGGCCAAAACACUACCUCCAGUGGACUAUUAUCUGGAAAUAUUUGGAGAAAUUUAUCUUCAUGGAUGCCACAGAGGGAAACAUCUGCUCAGGCUGGGCAAGACUAUAGGUUCCCUGGAAGUGGAAGGGCUCUUGGUUCUGGCCAAAGUGAAACAGUGCCUGCUGUGAAUUCAGAUUCAAACCUGCAGGCUAGACUCUUGGAUAACAGCAACCCAAACCGUUCAUCACAUUUGGGGUUAACUGCUACAAGAGAGCCACCAUUAGAUGGAAGGAGGUCAGUGGUAGAUAAUGCUGUUGGUGCAACUCCAGUACACCCUGCACUCCAUCAGGAUUCAGCUCCUUCCGAGGAGCAAAUCCAAAAAUUAGUAUCUAUGGGUUUUGACAAGACACAGGUAGAAGUUGCAAUUUCAGCUGCUGAUGGAGAUCUUAACGUAGCAGUUGAAAUUCUUAUGAGCCAACAGGGAUAAUUUGUGAAGCAAACCCCAUCCAUUGAUUCUUCGAAGAAAGAUCCCCCAUGGUUGGCCUAAUACACUACUCCUUCAACAAUUGCGAUGUCACGAGGCAGCAGUCUACUUUUGUAGCUUUCAGACGACAGGGUAGGAAGGAGAGGAUUAUUCAACAGGAAAAAGAAGAAAAGAAAACAGUUUACUAACUUCUGUUGAAAGAAAGUAUAAGAAUGGGUUGUAAAUAUGUUGUUGCCAAAACCUUGAAAUUCAAUUGGAAAACAGUUUACUGCCAUUGUCCUUGACACUCGGUUUUCCAUUUGGAACAACCGAGUGCCAUAUGUAACAUCCUGUUACGCUGAAAACAAUGCUGUCUUGAUUGUUCUA